AUUGUUUUGGGUUAUUUAUAAAUACAACCAAACCACCUAACAACGAAUACAAAUCCAAACCAAAUUCAUUUUGCUUCUACUUCAGCUAAAGAAUUUGAUGGGGUACACUAUUUACAUCUGUUCAUCCCCUAUUCGUCAUCUUCUGCUUUUAGUCAUCUUCACAGCCCUUCAACUCGCUAAUGGAGGUUUGGACAAGGACUUCUAUAUUGUGUUCUUGAGGGAUCAUUUGGAAUUGGAUGAAGGGAAGGCAGCUCAGAAACAUGUUGAUCUUCUUUCCUCUCUCAAAGGAAAUGAAGAUGGAGCAAGAGAAUCCCUGGUUUACAGUUAUACCAAAAGCUUCAAUGCAUUUGCAGCGAAGCUUACUGAAGAUGAAGUUGGCCACUUGUCAGGCAUGGAUGAAGUGGUUUCUGUAAUUCCGAAUCGGUAUCGAAAGUUGCAUACCACAAAAUCAUGGGAGUUUAUUGGGCUCCCCACAACUGCCGAAAGAAAUUUGCAAGUCGAGAGUGAUAUCAUUGUUGGAGUAUUCGACACUGGGAUCACUCCACAAUCAGAGAGCUUUAAGGACCAUGGUCUCGGACAUCCACCUGCUAAAUGGAAAGGAACCUGUGCUCAGUUCGCCAAUUUUUCUGGGUGCAACAACAAGCUUAUAGGUGCAAGGUAUUUCAAGUUGGAUGAUUUUCCAGAUGAUGAUGACAUCUUGUCACCAAUAGACGUAGAUGGCCACGGAACUCAUACAUCAUCAACCCUAGCUGGAAGUCUAGUUCCGAAUGCGAAUCUAUUCGGCCUGGCGAGAGGAACUGCGAGAGGGGCAGUUCCAUCUGCUAGAAUUGCAGCCUACAAAGUGUGUUGGGCUAGUUCAGGUUGUGCUGAUAUGGACAUCUUAGCUGCAUUUGAUGCCGCGAUUGCUGAUGGUGUUGAUAUCAUUUCCAUCUCGAUUGGGGGUUUAUCCGGUAACUAUACCUCGGAUGCCAUAUCUGUUGGAUCAUUUCAUGGCAUGAGGAAAGGGAUCUUAACUGUGGCUUCUGCUGGAAAUGAUGGCCCUAGCCUUGGUGGUGUCACAAAUCACGCCCCCUGGAUUUUCACCGUUGGGGCGAAUAGUAUUAAUCGGAACUUCCAGAGCAAUGUUGUUCUGGGAAAUGGACACACACUUCCAGGAACUGGAGUCAAUACAUUUGAACCAAAACAGAAGUCAUAUCCACUUGUAAGUGGGAUGGAUGUAGCUAAAGAUGCUCAGAACAGAAACAGCUCAAGCCAGUGUGUUCAAGGAUCAAUGGACCCUAAGAAAGUGAAGGGAAAAAUUGUUUACUGCAAGCUUCCGGCGUGGGAUGCUGAUUAUAUAGUUAAAGGACUUGGAGGCGCCGGCGCCAUCAUGGAAAGCAAUAUGUAUCUUGAUAAUGCUCAAAUUUUCGUGGCUCCAGCAACAACAAUAAACGAGACCAUCGGUAAAAGCAUUGCAGAUUACAUAGCUUCAACAAGAUCACCAACAGCAGUGAUUUCAAGAUCUCAGGAAGUUAAAAUCCAAGCUCCAUCUGUUGCUUCAUUUUCAUCCAGAGGACCAAAUCCUGGAUCUCAACAUCUCUUGAAGGUAACUAAUGUUACUGACCAACCUUUGUUUUUCAAGAAAGCUCAUUUACUCCCUUAUCAAACGAGAUUAUUGCUAAAAUGUUGGCCGAUUUUUGCAAACAAAAACGUGAAAAAAGCCCGAUAUUACAGCUCCAGGAAUCGACAUUCUUGCAUCAUACACCCCUAUGAAGUCUAUAACUGGAUUACAAGGCGAUUCCAGGCAUUCAGAUUUCACACUCAUGUCUGGAACUUCCAUGUCAUGUCCACAUGUUAGUGGGGCGGCGGCAUAUGUAAAAUCAUUCCAUCCAAAUUGGUCCCCGGCCGCCAUCAAAUCCGCCAUCAUGACCACCGGUAACAACAUCUACUCAUCUCGGCCUGAUUUUCGCCAUAUCAUUAGUUGUUGUUACCAUCAAACCUGAUAUAACAACCUGGUUCUUUUUUAACCUUGAAACUUUAGCAGUUUUACAAGAAUUUCUGCAUUCUUUUCCUCAUAUUUACAAAUUUUCUGCACCAGCAACACCAAUGAGCUCAAAAACAAACAAAGUAGCAGAGUUUGGCUAUGGUGCAGGACAAGUGAAUCCAACUAAAGCUCUGAACCCUGGAUUAGUAUACGACAUGGAUGAUUUCUCAUACAUUCAAUUUUUAUGUCACGAGGGAUACGACGACUCAUCCCUAGCUAAUUUAGUUCAUCAGUCAUCGAUAAACUGUUCAAAAUUGCUUCCAACAAAUGGAGAAGACGCUUUGAACUAUCCCACAAUGCAGCUGAGUUUGAAGAGCAAACAAGAACCGACUACCGGUGUUUUCAGGAGGGUUGUCACCAACGUAGGGCCUGAAAAUUCCAUCACCUACAAUGCCACCAUUAAAGCACCGAAAGGCGUGGUCAUUACAGUGAAACCUGCAGCUCUUACUUUCUCUCAUGUGUCCCAAAAGCGGAGCUUUAAAGUUGUGGUGAAAGCAAAUCCAAUGACAAGUAAAAAGCUAAUGGUAUCAGGUUCACUCACUUGGAAAAGCUCUGAUCAUUCAGUCAGGAGCCCCAUUGUCAUCUUUAAUCCAGUGGCACUUGCAACGCAGAAUGUCAAAUAACAAUUGGGAUUAGGCGAAUUCCAGCAAAUAUGUGCCCGAAAACCAGAUAUGUUACAUAAAACUUGAUCAUCCAGAUAACAGAAUCGAUCAUUCGAUAUACUAGAGAUGCAUGAUAGCUGCCAAUUUUAUGUAAGAAACUAAAAUGAGUAUACACCAGUAUCUUAGCUUCAAAAAUGAUAAACAUUGUUUUGCUUCUCAAGUUUUUGUGUGGGAAUUUUUCUUUACAGUUUCACAUUAUUUACCUUGUUUUAAUAGAAAUCAAGAAGGGUGACAAAAGAGCGUGUUGAAUCACACGGGGCAAAGAAAGUGUAACACAAAAUUCGGAGUCUUUAAGUUAAAAUAGUCAGCCCUAAAUAUCAAAACUUUGGAUGAAAAGUUGAAAAUCCAGAAGAUACCAAAAUGCGGAUGUUUGUAUGGAUGUCAAUCAAGAUUCAAGAAUGGUCCAAACAGC